UCAUCAGGCGUCUACGGGUCAAAGGUGAAACUGCCAAAGCUGGGGGCGACGACCGAAGAAGAGAAAACAGUUUGAUAUUUUUGUUCAGAUGAACCGUGGCAGGUACCCUCAUACCUGCACAUAGAGAAACAUGGACUCAACUUCUAGUCAGGAACAGUCUCUAGGAUUACAAGGUCCCAUGAACAUAGCACAAGACAUUCACAUCUGUGGGAUAUGCAAACACCAGUUCACAGACAUCGAGGUCUUCCUCGCUCACAAGCGCAGUUGUACGCCGCCAACCGUCCGUGUAUCCGUGGAGAGUUUGUUACAGCAAGUACCGACGAUAGCCACAACUCCCGGCAGCCUCCCUCAAAACUUUACCAUAACGAACAACCUGCCUCCAGUUAGCACAGAAACCCUUUCUACUGUAGGCAGUACAGUACCAACGGUAUAUCUCACUACCACUAAUGGUACGAAUCACACCGCGGGAAAUGUAGUUUCUUCGGCAAAGACUCCAUCACGGACUAAACCGGUGGCGGAGAAGAAGUUCAAAUGUCAGUACGAGGGUUGCUCGUUCACGACGGCGUACAACAAGGACUUGGAUCGGCACGUGAGGUCGCACACGGGCUGUAAGCCCUUUUCGUGCAGCAUCUGUCAGAAGGCCUUCAACCGUCGGGACAAGUUGAAACAGCACCUUAGGAUCCAUAGCGGGGAAAAACCGUAUGCCUGUUCACGUUGCAGCUACGCCGCGGCGGACAGCAGUAGUCUCAAGAAGCACGUGAGGACUCACACCAACGAGCGACCAUUCAAGUGCCAAAUCUGCCCGUACGCCAGUCGGAACUCCAGCCAGCUGAUCGUCCAUUUGCGUUCUCACACGGGUGACUGCCCCUUCCACUGCCAGCUUUGUGAGGCCAAGUUUAAGAUCAAAUCGGACCUGAAGAGGCAUAUGAGAACUCACACGGGGGACAAGCCGUAUAAAUGUGACCUCUGCGACUACCGCUGCGCCAUGAAGGGUAACCUGAAGGUCCAUGUGCGGAACAACCACGGUCCGUGUACGCUGUCUUGCCCGCAAUGUCCGCAGACGUUCCAGAACAAAGCCCAGCUACGUGUGCACCUAAAGACACACCAGGAGGUAAGGACUGAAGCAUCUUCCCUUCAGGUGUCAGAAAAAACAACGUCUAAGGAUCACCAGAGAGAAAGACUCUUCAAGUGCCAGUACUGCAGCUUCGAGUCCAGACAUCCCGCAAACGUGAGAAACCACACCAAGAAACACCACGGGGACUCAACAAGACACAGUCAGAACAAAGGACAGGGGAAAAACAACACCGAGUCAAACAGCAUCAAACAGGUGAAGACAAGACAGGGGAGUGCCAACCUCUUGAGAUGGGGGAGCAAGAAGCCGUUCUCCUGUAGCAUCUGUAAGGAGUCGUUUGUGAGAGAAGACUCCUUGAGGAGCCACAUGAAUCAGCACAAGGAGGUGCAGGACACCUUACAGACCACAGCUCUGGCCGUGUUGAAGCUACAGGAGGUACCAUCGCAAGGCAGGGGUGGGCAGGGUAGGGGAGGAGAAGAGGAGGAUUCUAGGGAGGCUGAUGAAGGUUCUGAAAACACACAGCCCUGCUCUAAAGAUUCGAGAGGUUUGUCUUUCGUGGCGUCAUCGGGAAGCGGUCGUCUGUCCGUCCCUGAAAACGAGCCGGCGGUGACUGUCCAGCCGGCCAACACGUUGACCAUCCUCACCCCUGACGGAGCUGCAGAGAUCGUAUAUCCUGUCAUGACCACCUACCUGGAGCAAGAUAGCCCACUGAUUACCCUGGACAAGAGAACAAUAGGCAUCAGUAAUGAGCAUCUCCCUCCCAGGAUAGAGAGCUCCCAGCUCCUGCAGGCUCCGCUGGCUGGACCUGGUAUGGAGAACACCUAUCAACUCAUACAGGUGGAGGCCAUACCAGUGACCAAGGAGAGUGAAAGUGCACCGCGGACGAGCCACUCCAGCCUGCCUCUCAGCAGCAGCUCAGGACAGGCCACGGUGGAGAGGCUACAGCUGCCCGGCCCUGCUUCUGACCCUGACUUUGUCCAGACCAGUACCAGAACGUUUGUCACCAGGACAGGUUUCCUGCCUCCUCCUCACGGUCAAUCCUUCAUCACCACUCCCAGUACCUCGGAGAGCUUGUGCUCCAGUUUACAACAACAACAACAACAACAACAACAACAAGAGGUUGUAACAAGCAGACAAAUGAGCAACCUGAUAUUACGACCGUCCGACAUAAACAGGCCAGUCUGUACGACCGUGCACGAUCAGGGCGCGCCGAACGUCAUGACGAUCGGUCAGCAGUUCACGGAGUCUCUCGGGGGUCAGCCGCGGAGUAGCGGUCACUCCGUGAUGUACACGCCCGCACUGAGCUCGGUGAUCACAGCGCCGGUUUUCACGCACGUCCCCAGCUUCCAGUCUCACAUCAACCCCGAGCACUCCAGGACGGGGAGGUUCGUAGAACCCGGGCAGUCUCGGCCUCAACACACCGACUUGGACAUCUUUCACUCAGGACUGGUCUCAGGCCAGCUUCACCCAGAAAACUCCGCUGCCACCCACUUCACAAAUAUCACGCUCUCGCAGGAGUACCUCCCCCAGAUCAUUCCUGCACAGUCCCUACCGCUACACAACAACAGCACCAACUGUAGUCCGUCCGCAUCACGUGGCGGAACCUCCAUCCUGAACUUGUCCGUCAUGCGCGAGGGCGGGUUUGCGGAAGACCAGAACCAGUCUGGCCACCUGCAGAGGUUGGGUCGUGUGGUGGAGGGGGACGUUCACGGGCAGGGGGAGGUCGGCGCCGACAGGCUGCAGGGACAGACAAACGACAACAGCUUUGUCGUCAUCACCUCUUCCCAGGCCAGACAGGGGAGCCACACGCUCGGAUGAAACGGUUGCAGCUGGGCCCCCCCUGGGAUGCAGUCUGUCACCAUGGCAACAGGAUCAGAUGUCUGUCACCAUGGCAACAGGAUGCAGGUGUCUGUCACCAUGGCAACAGGAUGCAGAAGUCUGUCUACAUGGCAAUGGCCUUCUCUCACUAGUGUCCACUGUCUUCAGAAACAGGAUGUUACUGUUGGUAAAAAGGUUGCAGAAAUGAGAUUAUAUUUUACUGACAUCUCAACACAGAAAAUAAUAGUUACAUAGUACAAGAUGGCAUCUGGUAUCUUCUAAUUUUUUUAAAAGAAAAAGUACAGGUAAAUUCUUGUCACGCAACCCAACAAAUUUCUUAACUUGAAGUAUGGUUACAUAAUACAUACCCUACUUUCUAUUUUACAACUUAGACUUUCUAUUGUACAACUUUAUUUAUUUCAUAAUUAGUUAUUUUAGGAUCGGGCAAAGUAUUAACAUUAUGGCCUACUGUACGAAGGCCCUCUUGUUAUGAUAAGUUAAUACACGUAAAUAUAAAACCAACAAAUGAAUUUAUGGCUAUAUCUAUAGUGAUUAUUUUCCCAAAAGCCAUUUUCCUACACUCCAAUGUAGA